AACUAACUCAGGAUAUAAAUACAAUAUACAACAACACUUAUAACCUACCACAAUUACCACAAGGGUGUGUAAUGAUGGCUGGGCUUGGUGGGGAGGAAAGGUAGCAGCGGCAUGUCACUGGUGGUACAUAAGCUGGUGCUUAGUCCUGGUGGGGCCACCACCAAUACACAGCCUCCCACCCAUCAUGUCACCCUCUCUGCCUACACGCACACUAGGUCAAAUGUUUCAAACGCUAUGGGUCGUGUGUUGGAUGGUCCAUCCUCUGGUUCCAUGAGCACACCACUCUCUUCUUCCUCUCCCUAUUCCUCCUCCUCCUCCUCAUCUUCAUCAUCCAAGCACAGCUCAACAUAUAAUUUACCUUUUGUACUUCAGGACCAUAACUAUGGUGCUCCUCCUCCCCCAACUCCACCUCAGUCCCCACCUCCUCUGCCAUCUUCAUCAGGAUCAUCUGUGUACCAACAAUCUUCUCACCAGUUUCACCAAUCUCACCAUCAGCACAGUCCUCAGCCUCACCAACUCAUUCACUCUCAGAAUUUACAGUCUCAUCCUCCACAAAAUACUAAUGUCUAUCAUCAUCAUCAUCAUCAUCCUCAACAUAGACAGCAGUCUCAUAAUCAUCCCCAGCAUGUCAGUCCCUCCCAUAGACUAGGGAUCAUUACUUCAUCAAGCCCUUCUCUGUCUCUCUCUGGCUUGCUAACAUCUCAUCCACUUAACACGAUGCCACCUCACCGACAGCAGUUCAUGCCACAUCCUAAGACGAGCAUCUUUCCUUCGCCUCACAUCCCGCCCCCUCCAGUAGAACUACACCAGUCCCCUACUGCUAUUACUGGCCUCCCAUCCUCUGUGACCGGGGCAGAAACUGAUGAUGACUCGCGUAUGAGUGAUCGGAGUUCGUCUGUGGGACCGUCUGGUGAAGAAACAGAAACUGCACCAGAGGGAGAAGGAGAUGAUCAACCCAUAGAUGACUCUAUUACACGUUGUGUCUGUGAUUUUUCCCACGACGAUGGUUACAUGAUCCAGUGUGAUAGAUGUUUUGUGUGGCAACAUGUAGACUGUAUGGAAAUAGACCGGGACAAUAUCCCAGAUGAGUACCUGUGUGAAGCGUGUGAUCCUAGAUCUAUAGACCGCUUCAAAGCUCGAGCUCUGCAGAUACGCAGACGCCAAGAAAUUAAAGCUCACAUAGCCAGUUCUUUCCAUUUUAGAAUGUCCUCCUCAGACUCCGAUGAUAAUAUUCCAAUGUCUGGCAAAGGCCGAGGAAAUUUAGGGAAAAUUCAAGAAAAGAAGGUGGUUAAGAAAAAGAAGGUGAAACAAAUGAAAGACAUUAAAAAUGGACGCAAGGGAUCGCUGUCUUUGUUAAAGAAGACCAGUCUUGUGAGUCCAGGCAACAAUAAUGUUAUCCCAGGAACAGAAGAUAAGGAACGCAGGAUGCUAGUAAAAAGAAGAGUCAAAUGUUUCAAACGCUAUGGGUCGUGUGUUGGAUGGUCCAUCCUCGGGUUCCAUGAGCACACCACUCUCUUCUUCCUCUCCCUAUUCCUCCUCCUCCUCCUCAUCUUCAUCAUCCAAGCACAGCUCAAACAUAUAAUUUACCUUUUGUACUUCAGGACCAUAACUAUGGUGCUCCUCCUCCCCAACUCCACCUCAGUCCCCACCUCCUCUGCCAUCUUCAUCAGGAUCAUCUGUGUACCAACAAUCUUCUCACCAGUUUCACCAAUCUCACCAUCAGCACAGUCCUCAGCCUCACCAACUCAUUCACUCUCAGAAUUUACAGUCUCAUCCUCCACAAAAUACUAAUGUCUAUCAUCAUCAUCAUCAUCAUCCUCAACAUAGACAGCAGUCUCAUAAUCAUCCCCAGCAUGUCAGUCCCUCCAUAGACUAGGGAUCAUUACUUCAUCAAGCCCUUCUCUGUCUCUCUCUGGCUUGCUAACAUCUCAUCCACUUAACACGAUGCCACCUCACCGACAGCAGUUCAUGCCACAUCCUAGACGAGCAUCUUUCCUUCGCCUCACAUCCCGCCCCCUCCAGUAGAACUACACCAGUCCCCUACUGCUAUUACUGGCCUCCCAUCCUCUGUGACCGGGGCAGAAACUGAUGAUGACUCGCGUAUGAGUGAUCGGAGUUCGUCUGUGGGACCGUCUGGUGAAGAAACAGAAACUGCACCAGGGGAGAAGGAGAUGAUCAACCCAUAGAUGACUCUAUUACACGUUGUGUCUGUGAUUUUUCCCACGACGAUGGUUACAUGAUCCAGUGUGAUAGAUGUUUUGUGUGGCAACAUGUAGACUGUAUGGAAAUAGACCGGGACAUAUC